ACACUUUCUUUCCUCCUCUCCUCUCUUCGCCUCUUCUCUUCUCCCUCCCUCCCAACCUCGCUGCGCUCCGCGUGCGCUCAACUGCACCAAUUUCAGAUGUAUCCCCGUCGGGCAGCGUGAAGUGCGUUUCCCGAAAGAAUAAAAGUUCAAAUGAAGGAAGAAAAGUUGAACUAGGCUAGAACGGGCGGCUACAGAAAGGAAUACAGUGCGCUGAAAAAGAAUGGGCUCCCUGCUGAGCGGCGCCGCGUCCCCACUCCUGACAUCACUGCUGGCCUUCAUUUUCUGGGGAUUUUCUUGCGUCUGGACUGAGGACUUGAGGGAGCGAGACUCGUUGUGCAAUGCGGACGGCUGCCUGGUGCUCUACUUCCAGCGAAAGACCUUCUUGGACUCAUGGAGGGCCUGCAAGGAGAAGGGCGGCGACCUGGCCACCCUAAAACGCCAGGUGGACGCCGCCGCCGUCCACGCUCUCUUCACCACGGUGGACUUGCGCCACUCGCGCACCAAAGUCCAAGUCUGGAUCGGGCUGCAGCGCCAACCCCGCCAGUGCACCGCCUCGCGACCCCUUCGGGGUUUCUCGUGGACGACGGGUGACCAGGACACAGAAUAUACAAACUGGCAGAGAGAGUACUCGCACGCCAUGUGCUCGGUGCCCCGCUGCGUGGUUAUGGGGUACAACACUCAGGAUCCGAGCGAAAACUUGAAAUGGCUGGAUGGCUCCUGCUCCGUCCCUGUGGAUGGUUAUCUGUGCCACUAUGCCUACAAAGGAAUGUGCCCCGCCUUGUGGAGCGAGGGCUCCGGCAACGCCUUUUAUGCCACGCCGUUUGGCCUUCUCAGCACCCUCCUGACCCACGUACCCUUGGGAUCUGUGGCGACCGUGCCUUGCGAGACGGAACAGCAGUCGGUACUGUGCCUUUUGAGGGAAGACGGUUCAGCGGGGUGGUCCAGGGAUUCCCCUCUCUGCUCCGAUCCCCCCGCGUCGCACGACUGGUGCCAGGAGAAUAACGGCGGCUGCGAGCAUUUCUGCAGGCAAGCCGGCGCGCACCCGUACUGCGAGUGCGCCGAAGGCUACCAGCUCGGAGACGAUGGGCAAAGCUGCGUACUUUCCGACGCUUGCCAAGAGGCCAACUGCCAGGUUGAGUGUGUGCCUCUAUCGGAGGGCUACCGUUGCGCCUGCCCUGACGGUUACAUGCUGGCUCCGGAUGAACACGGCUGUCUGGACGUGGACGAGUGCCUCCAGAGUCCCUGCGAGCACAGUUGCGUCAACUCUCCCGGGAGCUUUGAAUGUCGCUGUCAGGAGGGUUACCUCCUCAACGAUGAGGGGAUCUGCGAGGAUCUGGACGAAUGUCAAAGUCAUCCGUGCGAACACUCCUGCGAGAACACGGAGGGCUCCUUCCUUUGCCACUGCCAUUACGGGUUCUCGCCGCAGCCCGAGGACCGCAGUCGGUGCCAAGACACGGACGAGUGCCAGAUACCAGGAACCUGCGAGCACAUGUGUUUCAACUACGAGGGCGGCUUCGAGUGCUAUUGUAAGGAAGGCUACCAACUCGUCAUGUCUGACUCGUCUUCGUGUCAGAAGAUUGGUGACCAAUCCGCCGUCACGCCGCCGUUUCCGUGGGUCACACCACAGCCCGGACCCGAAUGGGAUCCUAUGGACUACAAUUGGCCCCCACAGCCAGGGCAAACCGUUUGGGAACCAGAGGGGGAUCAGACGCUUGACUGGUUGACUGACCCUCCCAAAGUUUGGGGAUCUGAUGUCAUAUGGGUGACCAGCGCGCCUCAGGAGGACUUUGUUCAUCCAGCGCCAGAGACUGUGACCGAGGCGGUCAAUGUUGAUGGCCGCGCUGACCUUUUGCCAACUGCUAUCACGACCACACCUGCCCUGACGCACCCGCCCACCGUCUCCAGCACCUCUCUUUACUUGUAUGAAGAUGAGGAUGAGGAAGAAGAGCAGGAGACCACUCCUUUCCCCUUUUCUUCUACCUCUACCCUCUCAGAGGGAGCUGGGAAUUGGUGGGCGGGGUUCUCAACGGUGCUCCAGAACCAAGGAAAUCCAGAGGAUAAAGUCACAGUGUCUGACAUGCUGACUGAUUCCGCUUACCGCAAUCCGUCAGAGAAAGAAAAACAAUCCCCAGAGGAAGAAAAGAAAGAGAAGGACGCGAACGAUGCGGCGACCACCACCGAAGAUGCGCCCGCUUGGAUCAUUCCCACUCAGCCGCCCACGAUCAACCACUCGGAUUCUGUUCAGGAGGGCAGGGGGCCGAGUCAGAGUAGCACCUGGCUCCUGGUGGGCCUCUUGGUGCCCAUCUGUAUCUUUGUCGUGUUAAUGGUCGUUCUGGGGAUCAUCUACUGCACCCGCUGCGCGGUACGGCCUCGGAGCAAGACCGGCACCGACUGCUACCACUGGAUCUCUGGCGCUCAUGAUAAACAGGGGGCGGCCGGCCCUUCGUCAGGGGUCAAGAGUCAUGUCUAAUUAGAGCGCAGCCAAGUUGGCUUGACCUAAAAAAAAAAAAAAAAAACACUCAACGUGAAAACGCACGCUGAUUGGAAUAAGUCGACUCAUGGUGUCAGCCUCCUGUCGUUAAAUAUCGCGCGAUCAUAUCCGUUGAUGUAGCAGGUGAGAGACACUGAAAACGUUUUCUUUUUGUGUCGUUGCUUCGCUUGUAUGUUGCAAACACUGACCACUUGAUUCCCCCCACCCCCGCCCUCCCAAUUUCUCAACUGAAGAGAACUGUCAACUCCAUGAAUGAUUGAUGACAUCGAGGUACGGUUUGCUCGCAAGUGCAGUAAACGGGGAAUUGUUGUCAUGAGCAGUUCUUUGGUUUGGAGCCAAAAGUUCCAUCGGUUGUGGAUUAUUUUAUCCUCGACAAGACCGGCCACAAAAGUGGCAUGAAAUGCAAAGGAAUGUAUAGAAUGUUAAUUUUACCAGCAAUUUUUCUUUCUUUUGUGAUUUGCCUUAAAAAAAAAAAAAAAAAGUUUUGUGGCGCAGAUGUCUGAAGGGUGUUUCUUUAUUUUAACCUUGACUUGGGCAGUCAGUCCCAGAGUCAUCCUAAAUUCAUCAAGACCCGCCCCUCCUCUCCACCUCCAUCUCAUUGAGCCUGGAAUGUUUUCCGACCACGUUGAAUCACAUCCAGCUGUUUGAAACGGAAGACAAUCAACAAAGGCUCUCACAACAAAACACGUACAAACAAAUGCGUUGAAAUUUGCAACAAACUUUUUUUUUCCCCCCCGAGGACUCCAGGAAUGGUUUCACUUUUUCACGUUGACAAAUAACGUUGUGAUCGCUUACUGUGAACGGGAAAAAAAAAAGAAAUAAAAAUGUCCUUUUGAUUUUAUUUCCCCCGCCAUAAAGGCUAUGUGCGUGCGUGACUGUUUGAUAUUGUCAUUAAACAAGUCGAACUUUUAUAUCUUCAGCCAUAAAAAC